UCUCAAACGUACUGGUUUUUCCAUAUCUCAUAUAACCUGGACUCCAUGCCUUCCAUGAACGUGUACUCCCUAUUUUUUUCACUUGCAAUGCCUCUCUCUCUCUCUCGCAUUCUGGUUUUCUAAAUUGCAUGAGCGUCUCAUAGAGUGCAUAUAUCAGAAGGAGACAUGUCGGUGAAUUUCGGAAAAUUUAUGAAGCUCGAUUAGACUUUCGGAAAAUUUUCAAAAUGGGGAACUCGUGGGCAUGUUUCGCUCCCAAGGAGAUGAGCUUCACAGGAGAACCCACCAAACGCUUUCCCAAUUCUUCGCGCAAAACCAGAACCAGUUCUUCCCCCAGGAAGAACAAGGGGAAGCUCGAUGAAGACGCUUUUAUUCAACAGCAGGCCAUUGCCGCGGCUCUCCUCUUCCGCCAUCAUCAGCAGAACGAUUCUCUGUCCCUUAACCGGUCCACUUCUCUCGUGUUCCCAUCAUCUCCUGGUCCUAAAAAGCUUCCAAAGAGUUCGAGUUCUAGGCAGCGGUCACGCUCUGACUCUCUCAUUCAGCCUCAUCAGCUUGUAAUCGACAAGGAUCCAAACGUUGAUGCUCUGGAAACCAAUCAUUUUGUCCUUGUUCAUGGAGGGGGCUUUGGUGCUUGGUGUUGGUAUAAAAUUAUGACACUUUUGGAAGAAGGCGGAUACAGAGUUGAUGCAGUUGACUUAACCGGUGCUGGAAUUCAUUCAUUUGACACAAACAGCAUUGCGAGUCUUGCACAGUAUGUUAAGCCACUUACUGAUUUUCUAGAGAAACUUGGAGAUGGAGAAAAGGUGAUCUUGGCGGGACAUGAUUUUGGUGGUGCUUGUAUUUCGUAUGCAAUGGAGUUGUUUCCAUCAAAGAUCUCAAAAGCCAUUUUUAUAGCUGCAGCAAUGUUGAGUAGUGGGCAGAGUACCCUUGAUAUGUUUUCCCAACAGGCAGACUCAAAUGAUCUAAUGCGGCAGGCUCAGAUAUUUUUGUAUGCCAAUGGGAAAGAUCAGGCUCCAACUGCUAUUGAUCUUGACAAAACAUUGGUUAAAGACCUAUUAUUCAAUCAAAGUCCUGCUAAGGAUAUUACAUUGGCAUUGGUUUCAAUGAGGCCAAUCCCUCUUGCGCCGGUGAUGGAGAAGCUCUCGCUCUCUGAUGAGGACUACGGCUCCGUUCGGCGAUUUUAUAUAGUAACUCAAGAAGAUAGUGCCAUACCCGUUUCUCUGCAGGAGAGCAUGAUACAAAUAAAUCCACCAGAGCAGGUGUUUUGGCUAAAAGGUUCCGAUCAUGCACCUUUCUUCUCAAGGCCUCAGUCCCUACACAAAAUACUAGUAGAGAUAGCACAAAUUCCAUCAAAGCAAGUCUGAAUCAUAGUAGUCCAGAGCCUGGCAUGGUAAAAAUAGCUGUGAAAGGCAUUUAGUCAGCAGCAUCAUGCAUGUCUGGUCAGCCUCAACCACCACAAUUUAUCAUGCCCAUGUGCAUGCAUAUGCUAUUGUUCCCCUUGUGUGGCUGUAAUUCAUGGUGUGAUACCAUACCUUUUGGCAUCUUCCAAUCUGUGUAUAGCGUUGUCAUGUGUGCUUGUGAGCCUCUGAUAUAGUGCAGAUCAUUUGUAGUUUUCAUCCUACACAUUUUAGAAAAUAAGGUACUCACCUGACUCAUUUCAGAUCUGUAUCUCUUCAUCCUACAUAUUUAGAAAAUAAGGCACUCAGGACUCAGGAGGAGAGAGAUGAACUUGAACUUGUGUAAAGAUGGAACAUUGCAGCUGUACUCCUUUGUGCCAUGACAUGGCACACUAUGAUUGGUGAGAGACCCUAAUAAA